UCAGGAGAGUUAGACAAUGUUUAUUUGGAACUAACGUGCCGUGACAUAUUGCAUCGAAGUGGACAUGUGUGUGUGUGUUUGACAUUCGGUGAUGUGUGUGUCAUAAGCUGAAAAUGUCGGGGGAAGGAUUCCUUUCUAGAUAUCAGUGAACGCUCAGCGAUAUUUUUUGAGUUUGGUCAAAUUUCACUCUCCUUGAUUGCCAUCGAGACAAUGAAGAGAAAGCCACAAUUUCCCUGGCUCAAGAGGAGCUGAAAAGAAGUCUUGGUAUUUUCUUCACAAGAGUUUGUCCAUAAAUCAAAGUUAUGCACCCAACGAACCUAACUGUUUGACGUGCGAAAAGACAAAGUUUGAAAUGCACUUGACGCGCAGUUCUGACUGGACAUAACCGUUCAAAAAAAACCCUUGGCCAUUACUUGUUUCCUUGUGUAAACGGAGUAGUUUCUGCAAGUGUGUGUGCCAAUUUGGAGUGAGAGUGUCAAAGUCAUCAUAACAACAGCCUUUUGCCAGCAUCUGGCCUUCUGCUUGAGAGGUUCAUGUGUGACAUCAGAAGAGGAAUAAUAUCUGUGGUGCCUUUUCACAGGUGCUGAGGAACAACAUGUCCCAAGUGAUCUACACCAAUGAGAAUAACUCGCAAGAUCUCGGGAAUGCUCAGAUGCCCAAGGAAUAUCGAUUUGGGACCAGAUCCAUCUCUAAGGAUGAGGACCAGCAGCUUCGCCAGCAUCUCCCAUUGAAGAGUUGUUUGAUCAACGGGAACAAUCAUUGUGAACGCCGUGUCCGUUCGGUGCCCAUUGACCAUGGGCAAUCAAGGUUGUGGAGCCACAAUGCAAUAAACAACAAUCAUCAUCAUCAUCGCCAUUCCCCUCAUCCUCAUCCUCACCCUAACUCACAUCGGAAACGCAUCACGCCCUCUUCCCUUGAUGACCACCCUGCCAAUGGGCAAGGAUUCCGGGAUCCGCAACUAGAUAAUCAUGUGAUACGUGAAGUGAAUGACAAUUGUUGUUUACCGCAAGCUAGGGAGUGUUCUAGUGAUCACUUCGCGGAUGAUCAGGAGGAUGCCUUCUCGACCUCAAUUUCCAGGAAUAGCCCACCUCAGAUAGAAAGGCAACAACAACUCCCAUCCCACGAAAGUACAAGGCAUACAGAAAAGCCCUCUUGUCUCUCCAAGAGCAAGUCCGAGAGCUUCUCCAAGCCAAGUCCGCCACAGCGUCAGGUGAAAUUUCUGGACGAUUGUCAGAUAGAGACGGCAACGAAGGCGGUUCCGCUUCCCUACCGGUUGAAGGUCAAAAUGGACGAAUCUACCACCACGACCAGUUCCUCUACCAACACCAUUACUACUACCACUCAACAUCAUCAUCAACAACAACAACAGCAACAUCAUCACCAAAGCAGUCAUCAUGUGACUAUUGUGGACCACAGGAGUGGUUCCAAUCCUCAGAUCACCAUUGACGAAUAUGCGGGAGAGUACCCCCUUCAUGAAGAUAAUGCAUUCAGAACAAAAAUUGACAGUUCUUACGAGGGUUGGGACAACCCUUUCCGUCCUGAAGGACAGCUCAGUCACGAAGCGGAGGAGCUCUUACGUCUAUGGCGCGAGGGCAAACUGAAGCAUGCUGAUGGCACGCCCAUCAAAGACGAACCAGACGCAGCUUUCCUUGAAUCCACGGCCCAAGCUCAGAAGAAUCAGUCCAACAACCUUCAAGCCAAUGGGAAGAGCUCGGCCAAUCCCGGCAGCAGUGGCAGUAAAGGCGCCAGCGAAGGCAAUGGGAACAGCAGUAAUGGCGAUAUGAAGAAUGGCGGGAAACCGCUGACCACAGACACGGUGAAACGUGAAAACAUGCCUCAACUUGGCACCCCUGGAAGGGUGCAGCACGUCACCCUCGGGGAUGACAAAGGGCCCAAGAAGAAGAAAGGCUGCUGCACGAUUAUGUGAAACUAAGACCACGUGCUUUUGAGUGUACGAUUUGAAUGCUUGGCGGAGCGAUAAUGACGUGGGGAAAAAAGAGGGGAAAAAGAAGGAUAAGUAUCGGGCCAAAAGUGAGGUUGUGGCUUUGUUUAAGGUUUCCUUGGAACAAUUUGUCAAGGCUCCCACACACAAGGACUGCCACAAGCUGCAAAUUUUGGUCGACGAUUACGACGACGACGCUGUGAAACAUUUGUGCCAUGAUUAAUUGACUGAAGUUUCUGAAAAGACCGAGGAGAAAUUCACUGCUACCGCUUUGCUCUGCACCACAAUAUUCAAAUCAAUCACAACCCUCAAGAGCACGGGGUGUGUCAUGAUCGGCCUUCAGUCUAAAAUCUGAACGGCAAGACUUGAGGCACCCAAUCCAAAAAUAUAUGGCACUUCAUCCUCGUCUUGGUUACGGUAAAAUCAAGGAUGAAUGCUUCAUCCGGCUCGGUGAUGAUCAUCAUAUGAAUACUUCUACGAAUACUAAUACAACUAUGAUAAUUGAACAAUUAUACGAUUACUUUUACGAUGCUUCCCAAAGAAUGCUUGUCGAGAGAGGUGGAUAUCCAGUACGACGAUGAAACGAUGGAGGAAAAGCAAAAGAUGACUAUUUUUGUACGUCAAGAAAAAAAAAGAUACAGAAUUCUGUCUCGUUCUUGUAGUCCUUCUGCAGACCUUUUCUCUCUUCACCUUAGUCGCAAAAAAAAUAUUACAAGCUCAUUUCGUUCUCUGCCUCCCCCAUUUUCCCCAGAGAUUUUUUUUUCAUCACAAAUCCUCCCGAAGAAAAAAGAAAAACGAGACCACGCCCAUUGGAUGUGUAAAGAAAGAACAACAACAACAGCACCUGCAGCCUGACUCAUUAAAGAUGGCCGAAAAUAGGCUUGAUUCACAAGAAAGCGGAACUCUAGAACACUUUCAAUUUGUUUUGUCAGAUCAUUAACGGUAUUUAUGUUCCCAACAUCAUCAUCAACUUCUUCUUGAACAACAAACAUCACCAUACUUUUACUACUGUACGUACACACCUCGAUCCCCAAUUCCCAAACACCAUCUUCUACAACUACAAACAAAAAGAUGUAUUCGAUUUCUUGUUGCUGCUGCUGCUACUACUACUACUACUAAGGCUGCUAUGGCUGCCGCUACUGUCCCUAUUGCUAGAGUACUUUGCACAUACGAAGGAUAUGUUUGUAUCCGCGGGUCUCGCUGUUUCACGAUCAUAUAUGUUUCAUGUAUAUGGAAAUGCUGUUGAUAAUAGCUUGGCACCAAUUUGAAAGCAACCAAACCAAGGCCGUGUUUCUCCCUGACGAGAAGCCAAUCAAAACUGAACCACAAACACCCGUUUGCUAAUAGAGAAGCUCACUUUUCCGGAAUUUCCCCAUUCUCAGCUUCCUUUCUUUAUCACAAGCUCGUUUACAGUACGAUUUAGUUACAGACAAAUGAAAAUAAAAUAUCUAGUCAUCAGUAUGAUAAAGUAAAGAUUCAA